UUAGGUAGGAUCCAAGGUUCGGUAAAAACAAAAACAAAAAUCACCAUUAAUGCGGUAAAAACAAAAACAAAAAUCACCAAUAAUGCGGAUAAUGCGGGGCAAUAUUAUAUUACAAAAACCCUAAACCAUAAUGCGGAUAAUGCGGGGCAAAAAUCACCAAUAAUGCGGUAAAAACAAAAACAAAAAUCACCAACAUAAAACGUAUAUAAAACCCUCCCAAUUAAAAAAGAUCAUCAAAACCAUGGCUGGUUGUGGUUCUCCCUGUGGAGCCUGCAAGUUCUUGAGAAGAAAAUGUGUGACGGGGUGUAUUUUUGCGCCUCAUUUCUGCUAUGAAGAGGGAGAUGUUGAUUUUUCUGCCAUCCACAAGGUUUUUGGCGCAAGCAAUGUGUCGAGGCUUUUAGUUCACCUUCCGUUGAGCGAUCGAUGCAAGGCCGCAAUGUCGAUAUCAUAUGAAGCUCAAGCCAGGAUUCAAGAUCCCAUAUAUGGAUGUGUUUCACAUAUUUUUGCUCUCCAACAGCAGGUGGUCAACUUACAAGCACAGUUAGCUUUCCUCAAGGAUCAAGCAGCUCAAAGCUUUGUCAAUGGCUCAAACCCUAAUCAAGCAGCUCAAAGUUGGAAUUAUGAGAAUGGAAUUAUGAAUUCAAAUAUCCCAGAAGAAAAUUUAGUGAAUAUCCCAGAAGAAAAUGUCUCAUAUGGCAGCUUCGAAGAGGGCACUUCUCAUUCCAUGUCUUCUUUUGGCAUGCAAACAAAUUACAACAUGCAAUGGGGUUUUCAGGAUGCUGAUGAGCUUCAAUCAGUGGUUUCCAGCUACAUUCACCAUCGAUGAGUAUAUUGGGAUGAAUAUAACUUUGUAAUAUGUAUAUGGAACUCCUUAUUUAUCUUUUGAAUGAAAGCUUUGUAUUCUGGGAUGCCUUAUGAAUGUGAAGUAAGGAAAUAUUUAUGUUUAUCAUA